AGUUUCUUUUAGGAAUGUGGGUGGCUCCUGCCCCUCAAUUGUGGGAAUUUUAGUCUAAUUCCCACAAUUGUCCUCCUUUAUCAUCCGUAUAAAAUGCUGGCAAUUUCUUUUAUGCAGGGGAACAAAAAAACAAAAAAAAAUACUUUAUUUCAAAAGUAAGAGGAAUUGCUGUUACAAGGAAAUUCAUACACACAUGUUCACGUUUGGUGUUGUUUAAGUGAAAUUUUGUAUUUUAAUGGUUUUUCGCGUGUAGAUGAGUAAAACCAUACUUCAGUGGCUGCAUCAACCUCCAUGGUGUCAGAAUGAAACUGUGCAACCAUAGCUGACACAAACCCUCUGAGGGGGAAAAAACCCAAUAAUACAACAGCAAAGAAAAAAAGAAAUAAAUAAUAAAGGAAGAAAUUCUGCAUUUUGUUCCUAGCACAAGAUGCAAAUCUGGAAUUUAUACUAUGGUAGAGCCUGUGCUUUUAGUCUGAUUAGACCGACCUUGUUUCAUUUCACUGCUCUGACAGCGAGGAACGUAUGUGUGCGACUUAAGUCAUCUUAGCAUUAUUUAGGUCACUAUGUUUAGGAGCCGUCUUUAGGGUCUUUCACUGCUGCGUCCGUAGAGCAAUGCAGGGGAUUGCGGCACGACAUUUUCUAAUAGGCAGGCAGUCAUCUUGUGAGCGCUUAAGGAUGGACGAGCAUUUUGUAACGUAAUCUGUGUACAGCAAAAUAGCUUCCGUUUAUGCCUUGCAGAUAUAUUUAGCUCUAACCCUGCUUGUGGUUAAGCAUGGUGCAGCACAGAUGCAGACAGCUGAUUCUGCAGCGAGCCAGACCCUCUGCACUUGUGAUUUCGUCAAUAUGCUCAGCCUUUUUAUAUUUAUAUAUAAUCCAAUGCAGAAUUGGACUGUAUGCAAUUGUGGUUUGGUCUUAGAAAAGAGCAGCAACUCAAGCAAACAACAGUACAAGCAAAUGGUUCAGAAAAUAAAGAAAACACAGCCAUAGUGUCACAUAUCUAGGACUUGAUACGUACUAUAUGAAAUUUUCUGUCAUCAAGAGGAUAUUUCUGCCGACGGUCUUUUCAUCCCUCCCUCCAGCAGGUAAAAGGCGCCUUCUGCUUGUCUUGAUAGAAGGAGACAGUCGUUCUGCAGACAGCUUUUGCGACAGAAUCUGAAAUCCUUCCGAGAGUAUCACUGACGAACACACAGCUUCGCUGAACACAGCACAGUAACAAUUCAUCUUGCAUCAUCAGUAGAUCACUUUCCCCCCUUUGUUCCUUCCCAUGCAGUAGCUUUAGGAGCCGGUAGCUGAUUUGCAAUGUCACUUAACAACAUUAAUCAGAUUCUGAUACUGCUGCGUUGAAGGAAGGGUAGCAGUGGACUAAUUUCCAGCAAAUGUGACAGGCUGGCCUUUGCGGUGGUCAUCUUGAAGCCUUGAACCUGCACAGAAGGGAAAAGGAAACCCUUGAGCUGCAGCUUAGGAAAACCCACCUUGGAUGAGGACAGGUCCUGCUCGCCCCCUCCUUUGCCACGUUCUCGCUUUCCCAUUGAUAAGUUCAGCUAUCUUGAUCACAGUCCGUUCAAGCAAGCUGAUUUUGAAGAUUGCUUCUGAGGGUUUUGGUUAUUUUGGGGGACGACCAAGAUUUCGGUGUCUUUCCAUCGCUUUAAAUACAAAUGGCUGGCUGGAAUACCAGGCUAAGACUUCAUUAAGGCAUAUAUACAGAUGACCAUCAUGUCUCACCUAAAAGAUCUGAAAGAUGACUUCCACAGCGACGCAGUCCUCUCCAUUUUAAACGAACAGCGCAUUCGAGGUGUUUUAUGUGAUGUCACGAUAAUUGUGGAAGACACCAAAUUUAAAGCCCACAGCAAUGUUCUGGCUGCUUCGAGCCUUUAUUUCAAAAAUAUUUUUUGGAGCCGUGCAAUUUGCAUUUCUGGACAUGUCCUGGAACUGGAGGAUCUUAAAGCCGAAGUGUUCACAGAAAUACUUAAUUACAUCUACAGUUCCACAGUAAUUGUUAAAAGACAGGAGGCUGUUUUAGACCUUGCAGCUGCAGGGAAGAAAUUGGGAAUAUCAUUUCUAGAAGACCUUACAGACAAGAACAUUUCAAAUUCUCCUUGCCUUUAUUCAUUAUGCAAUACUGAAAAAGGUGAAGUGAAAGAAGAGAAAAGACAAGAAGACUCCGCAAUCACAAAUGGACCAAGGAUCACAAAUGCAUACUCCAUUUAUGAAAAUGAAAAUUGUAAUAAUUUCUUUUCUCCUCUUGACCUCAGAGCAAGCUUUAAAAAAAUGCCAGAAAAAAAUAAAGGAUCUAAUAUUAGUCUAGAGAGGCAUGGUGCUGGCAAAGAUGUUGAGCGAGCAAGUACAUUAGCUGAGCACUCCUAUGCUGUUACUGCGGGUUGUGAAGUUUUUCAGCAAAAAUCCUUUUACCAUGAAAGUAGCCCACUUGAUAGAAUGGGUGAGGAUGGUUCUGAAACUGGCCAGUCAAUGCCUGUUAUUGAUUCAGUUGCUCAAACAUUUAAUACAUCACAGGCAGUUUUUAACUCCCAAAUCACUGAUAUACCUUCAAUACAGCUUUUGACCGUCAACGGAACCAAUGCAGUGGGUCAUCAAAAAGUAGUAAAUAAUCACACCUUUUCUUUUAAAAAAUCCCAUGCAAAUAGUGACACUGUUCUACCUUCCAAGGAUGAUGAAAAUAAUUCAGAUCGUAUUUCUGGAUCAAUAGUUGCAGUCAUUCCACAUGUUUAUAAUUGUAACUGUUGUAAUAAAUCAUUCAGUGAUGGAACUCAAUUCAGCGCCCAUCUCCAGCUCCACGUACAAGCUCAAGAAACAUUCAUUUGCAAAUAUUGUAACAAACAGUUUGAAACUGUAACUGAACUAGAAACCCAUGAGCAAGGAUGUGGAGAAUUAGAUAAUUGUGAAAAUGAGCAGAAUUGCUUGGAUAAUUUUGUUAUUUCGAAUGGACAAACAGUCACUUCAUAUAUAAGCCCAGAAUCCACAAUAACUGGAAAUGAGCUGGCGGAUUAUUCUGCCACAAACUGCACAAUGCCAGAAACAGACCACUUUGUUAAAGUUGUUGAUGGGCAAGUACUUUAUACUUGCAGUGUUUGCAAACGUGCCUAUGUUACUUUAUCUAGUCUCCGAAGACAUUCAAAUGUUCAUUCAUGGAGAAGAACAUACCCUUGCCAUUACUGCAAUAAAGUGUUUGCAUUAGCUGAAUACCGUACAAGACACGAAAUCUGGCACACAGGAGAAAGACGGUAUCAGUGUAUUUUCUGCCUUGAGACAUUUAUGACAUACUACAUACUCAAAAACCACCAGAAGUCUUUCCAUGCAAUUGACCACCGACUUGGAGUAAAUAAGAAAACUGCAAAUGGUGGCUUGAAACCAGGUGCAUAUCCCUAUAAACUUUAUAGGCUUUUGCCUAUGAAAUGCAAAAGGCCACCAUAUAAGAGCUAUGGCAGCACAUCAUAUGAAAGCAUACAAACUAGCAUACAAGUUACCGAAGACACUUCUAGUACCUGCAUUAUUCAGAACACUGUCACUUCUGAACUGCCAUCCCUGAAUUUCCCACAUAGUAUAUUGCCAAACCCAACUCCAUGUAAUGAUGCAACCGCAGCUCCUGUGAAUACUCCAAUUAUUAUUUCUCCUUGGGAAGCUACUGUAUCAGAAGCAGAACUCAAAAAUGAUAUUUGUACUAUUGAAAUACCAUUGUCCUCUACUCAUCUUAAUUCUGGCCCUCAAGAUUGUGAUUCCUCUCUUCAAAUUGUUAGUAACAGCAAUGCCAGUGAAAAUUCAGCCUCUGUUAUUAACUAUAAUAAUUCACCACCUUCAGUCAUAAUGCAUAGUAGUAGAAUUUCUUCUGUAAUCAUGCACAGUAAUGCUGUGAAUGCAGUAAGUAGUACAGAAACUUCAGACUUUACAACCAGCCAAGUAGCAAAUGAUGACCACAUACAUGGUUCAGAGGAUAGUAAAAGCAAUAUUAGAACAAGGAGCAAUAAGGAGAAGAAAAGGACAUUGUUAUACAAUGAAGAAGAGACAUCAGACAAUUUACAAUAUAUGGCAAAUGCAGCUAUGUCUUCUGACAUAUCAACUGACCCUUUUGAAUCCUCAGAUAAGACUGAGACCUACAUUGCAAAGCCCGCAUUACCAGGAACAUCUGCUGACAGCAAUGUUGCCCCUCUUUGUCAAAUAACAGUUAAGAUAGGUAAUGAAGCCAUUGUGAAAAGGCAUAUUCUGGGGUCCAAACUAUUUUACAGAAAAGACCGAAAAUCUAAAUAUGAAUCCAAAGAAGAUCAUACAGCUCAAAUUGCAGAACGGGAGAAGAGAGAGAGAAGCACAUCUCGAGUUUGCAGGUCAGACUACAUUGAACUCAAUGAAAUGUGUGAUGAUGUCAGCGACCAUGACUCCAACGAUAAACCAUGGCGGCCAUAUUACAAUUACAAGCCAAAAAAGAAAUCAAAACAGCUAAGGAAAAUAAGAAAGGCAAGAUGGAGAGAAAAACAUAAGAGCCGAAAUUCCUACCGAGAAAGUGAAAAGACGCAUGUCACAAGCUAUGCACUUAGGAACAUUCCUGAAGAAAAAGUCCUCCAACAAGAAGAAGAGAAGAAUAUGCCAAGCCUUCCCUGUGAACUCUGCGAAAAAGAUAACACUUCUGCUGAAAAGGCCGCGGAUAAUUUACACUGGGACACAACUACAUUUGAGUCCUAUACUUGUGAAUUAUGCCAAAAAAGCUUUCAGAGCCCAUCUGCUCUAAGAAUGCAUAUGCGAUGCCACACAGGAGAGAAACCCUACACUUGCAAAACAUGUGGGAAGAGCUUUUCAAUAUCAGGAAACUUACAUAAGCAUGAACGCAUCCAUUCGGGUGUAAAGGAUUUCAUCUGCCAGUACUGUAACAAGGCAUUCAGUCUAAAUGAGACACUCAAAAUACACGAGAGAAUCCAUACUGGAGAAAAGCGCUACCAGUGUCAGUUUUGCUUCCAGGGUUUCUUAUACCUUUCUACCAAAAGAAAUCAUGAGCAAAGACAUAAGCGAGAGAACAAUGGGAAAGGAUAUGCAUGUGUUCAGUGUCCCAAAGUUUGCAAGACGGCGGCAGCUCUUGGAAUGCAUCAGAAGAAGCAUUUAUUCAAAACGCCGAAGCAAGAAGAUAGAGAUGAUCAUUUGUUUCAUGAAAGUACUAAGCCAUUUGUAAGUCAACAUUUCAUUGACACAGAUAGACUGGAAACAGUUAAACCUUUACUAAAUGUAGGUGCAGAUGAGCAUGAAACAAGCAGUACUUAGAAAAAUCCCAUUUGUUGUUGUACUUUGAGUGAAAAGAACAUAGAACAAAGAAAAUUAAAAGAACAUGAGUAUAACAAAUUGAUUGUGGGACAUUCUAAAAAUGGAGGUAUUGUUUUUCUAUAUAAAUAUAUUUCAUGUAUUACAUGAAAAAGUAUGCCAUAAGAGCAAAAAUGGAAAUUGUAUAGCACUUCCCAUAUAGUAUGAAGGAUAGACAUCCAGAAAGGCAUUUUACACCCCACAGGAACAAUCUAUAGUUAAAUAGAGGCAAAUAAGAAUAUGUGUAAUUGAUUUUUUUAAUUGCUAUUACAAAGUAAUUCACUAUUUAACUAAAUCAUGUUCAGUUUAGAACCGUUCUGAACAGAAUAAAGAGAAAAUAUAUACACUGAGAGUAUGAAAAUGUUAAAAGUGUUUAUUCAAUAGGUUGUAGAAAUCACACCUUGUAUUAAUAUCCAAAAUUUAAUGUUAAUUUGUUUCAAAUUCCACACUGUAAUUUGAAAGUUUAGUUUAGCUAUAAUCUAAUGUAUGCAUUGUACAGCAUCUGGUAAAGAUUAUAAAGUUUAUUAUUUGUGGGGGAAAUGCAUCCAGAUAUUAUAAAGCCUGAAAAAGUUCCUACAGAAUAACCUUGUGAGGGCUAAUGAGAAUAAUAUAAUAAUUAAUAAAUUUUUGUAUUUUAA